AACACUUCAGCCACUCCUCUGACAAAAAAUAAGAUAAUUUCAACACACUCGUAUUUGUAAAGAUUUGGAGGAUAUCCAGUGAAGCCAUGGUUCACCUGUUAAUAUGGUUGUUAAUAUUUUUUUCUCUGCAAAGCGCUGCACUCACCUCUCGAAAUGACUCGGCGCCCUUACCGCGGACUUUCUCCGGGCACUUUGUAAUGGUAACCGACGAGCCUGUAGACUACCUGGAUCUGUCUGUGCUGGACAGUUUGAUGGAUGACGGGUCUGGCUCAGGGUUGGAGCAGGUACCGGUGAAACGACACGGCCCACACCUUCAUCCCACUAAGAGCUAUUUUGUCUCAGAGGAAGCAAAAGGUUUUCUUCAAGGUCGACUGGCAACAAGCUUUGUCCCGACCGUUUACACCCUCGUCUUCAUCAUCAGCGUUUCCCUCAACCUUGUCGCCAUUGUGAUGUUCGUGCAUCACGUGCGUCCCAGAAAACCGGCCGCGAUCUACAUGCUGAACCUGGCCUGCGCCGACCUGCUGUUCGGCCUCCUCCUCCCCUUCAAGAUCGCCUACCAUUACAAUGGCAACAACUGGAUCUACGGCUCCUUCAUGUGCAGAGUUGUCACAGCAGCUUUCUACUGCAACAUGUAUUGCUCUGUGCUGCUCAUGACCUGUAUCAGCGUUGACCGUUUCCUGGCUGUGGUUUACCCCAUUAACUCCCUGACCUGGCGCAGCCCUCAGACCGCUUCAGCUGUGUGUGCUGCCAUGUGGCUGUUAGCCCUUGGAGGAGUGUCCCCCCUCCUGAUCUCAGGGCAGACCAUGUAUCUGUCAGACCUGGACAUCACCACCUGCCACGAUGUGCAGGAUGUGGAAAACCUAAAAGCUUACUAUCUUUACUUCUUCCCCAUCUACUCCUCUGUCUUCUUCUUCAUCCCUCUUGUCUUCACUGUUGUCUGUUACGUACGUAUUAUUCAGGCUCUGGCAGCAGCCAAUGUGGAGAACCGCUCCAGGAAGACUCGGGCCGUGGUGAUGGCUGUGGUGGUGCUGGUGGUUUUUGUGGUCUGCUUCACCCCCACCAACAUCAUCCUGAUGGUUCACUAUGUUGAGCUGUCCCAGAAGUCCAGUGACGGUUCCUACCAGGCGUACCUGCUCUCCAUGUGUGUAGGCAGCCUGAGCUGCUGUCUGGAUCCUUUCCUCUAUUACUUUGGCUCCUCUCAGUGCCAGAAGCAGGUGGCAGCACUGCUCAGAUGUAGGCGACUGACACAGGCAGAGAGCAGCUCAGGAACACAAAGCACAAGAACCAGCGGGCGGACAGACAGCAGCAGGUCAUGCAAGAUGGAGAGUGUUCAAACUGGCCUGGGGAGCCAUUACAGCAGGCUAGUGGCUUAACUACAUGGACGUGACGAGCCUGCCUCAUGAGAGACUUUUAAAAUUUGCACGCACACACACCCACCCCCACAGUAUGAUACAGCAUGAGUCAUUGUGUAUUUAAAUCCUAUGACACUGUGUGAAAAAAACAGCAUAGCUAAACAUUUUCUGACAUUCGUUUCAGAUUUUUGUUUCAUAUGCUUGUUUUCAAUGAUCCAUGGGAAUUUAACAGAAGCUGUAUAAUAAUAACAACAAUAAUAUUUUAAUCUGAAAAACAUUUAUGUAGCAACAACAAAAAUGACACCACAAUUCUCAGAAUGCAAUUCCGUAUGUCAACAUCUGUUAUAAUUUUUAUGAGUAAUCAUGUGAAAUCAUUCAUCACUUGAUUCACUGGCAUUCAUUACGUUACGUUUACAUUUUACGUUACAAUAUGUUUGUGUAAAUAGCAAAGUCCGUGCUAAGGCAUAGAUAAUUCAAGACAAAACUACUGCUUAAUACAAAUGUUACUGUAUCUCUAUCAUUUUUUUUAAAUUGCUGCUCACUCUGUACUCUCUUUUUCAUCCGGGCAGAGCUCUGAAACACAGUAAAAGAGAAAAAAAAAGAUAAAUUGUUGGGUAGGAACAGUGUCCCUGAGCAUCACGGAGAAUGUUGGCUCCAUUUCCUGACAUUUGUACUUCAUGGAAUUACUCCAAUAUUAAUGAAACUUGCAUUGUAAAUUGUGUGUGUGUAAUUCCACAAUACAACAUCUCCACCUUGUGGUAACUUGUGAGUUGUAUUAACUGGUAAAGAUUAGACUCAGGUCCUUUAAGCUGCCGUCAUAACAGGUUACUGACCUGUUUUACCAUCGUAGCUAUGGAAGUUUUCCGGGAGGUUCAGACACCCAACUUGUUUCUUGAAAAUUUCAACAUCUUUGGGAUCUAUUUUUCCUGUCCGUGCUGAAGGAGAAGGGAGAUGUUAAGAAGGCACAUUACCACAUUUGAGACUCUGACCGACUGUGUUAAAACUGAUGAGGACCAAACUUACUGAACUGCAGGAUGUUUCUACCAGUGACAUCCCCAUUUCGAAAGGUGUCUGUCCACAGCAGGCAGUCAGAGCAAGUCUGUAGAAUAUGUCCUUUGUGUUCCGACAGAUUUUCUUCAAAAAUGGACAGCGUGGCUGAUUAUAAUGCAGUAUUGUGUACAUUGAGACUUGUUGUUGUGGAUAUAAUACUCUCUUAUUCAUCUUGUUAAUAUUAUGCUAAAGACAU